UGCACCCAGGUGCGCGGACGCGGCCCCCGGGAAGGAAGGGCCGGGCUCACCCCGCGCCCGGGGUGCAGGCAGGAGUGACCCGGGCCGUCCCCUCUCCUGGAAACAGUUACCGACGCCAUGGUUUUAAGAAGGGGCCGGGUGUAGUCACAUCGUCCCUUUUUUAAAAAACGGAUCACUGGGGGGCUCAGAGCGAGGUCCGGGAGGUCACCCGAGCCCCGUCCCCGGCCGCCCCGCCGGCGGGUCGCACGGAGGUUGCACGGGGACCUUUGCCGGUCGCAGUCCCAGCUUGUCCUGAGCGACGCCCGGUGCAGGCUUUCCAGCUCGCUUUGCGCCCCUCUGAGCCGCACGUGCGUAUUUUGCAGGAGCGGGAAGCUGACUGAGCGAAUAAUAUGAAGUCCAACGGAAGCCCGCCUUUCCCUCUGUCCAGCCAGGGAAGGUCCAGGCAAACCACUGCUCCCUUCCCCCGGGGCUCCCCUUUGCUUUACCGCCUGGCACCCCCCCAGGUCCUCCAGGCCUCAUGAUGCCCGGGGGGAAAUCGCCCGCCAGGAAAAGGCCCCGUCGGAGUCUGUCCAGCAGCAGAACUAACAAAAAUGGACCGAAGCCCAUUGUUCUGUGUUUCAACAACGCGCCGCCGGCUAAACUGGCCUGCCCGGUGUGCCGUCAAAUGGUGCCCCGCUAUGACUUAAACCGGCACCUCGAUGACCUGUGUGCUCACCGCGAUGACGUCACUCCGGUGGCCCCCGUAGAAGUAACCGAUGCUACCGCGGGGGUAACACCGGAGGAGAAGUCGUCACCAUCCAAGACAAACUCAACCCCCGACCAAAGCGGCUCGGCAGCAAGGGGCGUCAAAAAGCAGACCAGCCCCUACUUUAAAGGCACUGGGGACGGCGCGUGCCCAAAUCGAGGCGCGGAGCUGACAUCUCGGGACGUCCGAGUGGUUCCCUUGGGCAGCCUGGCGUCUAAAUUAUCCAGAAGAUGCGUGCAGGCGAGCGGGGCCGUGGAGAAGGAGGCCGUGGCCGGUCACACUGCUGUGGUCAGGAUGGUGGGGAGCCCUGCGGAGGCAGAGGACGAGGAUGGGGGUGUGGGGAGCAGUUCCCAAAAGGAAAACGUGCUUUGCUGUGAUUCUCUGACGGAGGAAGACACUGUCCAAGGCGCUGCGUUGACGGCAGCUGCAAACCCCAAGCCUCCCCAGGACGGGGGGAGGCCCACCCUUGCUCCUGCCUUCCCAGAGAACGCGCCCGUGGUAUCGCCCCGACGACCUCCUCCGUCCGCUCCCGAGGACCGUCUGGCCAAGCAGGAAGGGAUGGAACAAGGUGAUGGUGAAGGUGCCGGGACACGGGAGGCAGGUGUUGGUGAAGAAGUCGGAGUGACCGAGGCUCCGGCAUCUGAAACGCAGCUGUCCCCUCGGGAGGCACAAUCUCGCAGUUCUGCGCAGGACGCUGCCGAGGGGAGGAACUUGAACAGACUCCCUCUGGAAGGUGCCGGCGGCGGCAGCUUAGAGGAUGAGACGGCUGGCGGGGUCCCUUCGGGGCCCGGGUCGAGCUGUGGCGGUCCUGGGGGAGCAGCCCCGGCUCCGGCCCACCACCCUUACUACCUCCGCAGCUUCCUGCUGGUGCUGGGAGCCGUCUUGGAGAACGAGGACGACAGCAUGCUCUUCGACGAGCAGGAGAAGGGGAUUGUCACCAGAUUCCAUCAGCUGUCAGAUAGCGCUCAGAAGUUAUACGUCAGACUUUUCCAGCGUAAGUUCGGCUGGAUUAAGAGGCAUAAGUUGGAAUAUGAAGAGAUCGCCGCUGACUUGGCGCCCGUGGUUGGAGAACUGGAACAAGCCGGCUUUCUGCAGACAGAAUCCGAGUUGCGAGAACUCCCCGAGGUGCUUGACCUGCUUUCCGCUCCUGAGCUGAGGACCCUGGCGAAGACCUUCCACCUGGGCCACGCCGGCGGCCAAAAGCAGCCGCUGGCCGAGGCCCUGCUCAGACUGGCCCGGCAGCCCUCCGUCUGCGCCUGGGGCAGGAACCCGCCCGGAGUCGGGGCGGUCAUCUUGAAAAGAGCCAAGGACCUGGCGGGCCCGUCGCUGAGAGUGUGCCGAGGCCCCCGGGCCGUGUUCUCCCGGGCCCUGCUGCUCUUCUCCUUGACCGACUCCCCGGAGGAGGAGGACGCCGCCUGCGGGGGGCAGGGCCAGCUCUCCACGGUGCUGCUGGUCAACCUGGGCCGCGUGGCCUUCCCUCGGUACACGGUCCGUCGGCACGCCCGGGUCUUCCAGGACAGAGACGACCUCCUCAGGUACGCAGCCGCCGCCCACAUGCUGAGUGACAUUUCCGCCGCAAUGGCCGCUGGGAACUGGAAGGAAGCUCACGCGCUCUGUCAAGGCGCCAGGAGGGACUGGAAGGAGCUGAAACACCACCCUUCCCUGAGGCGCCACGAGGACCUGCCGCUGUUCCUGCGCUGCUUCACCGUCGGGUGGGUGUACACCAGGAUCCUGUCUCGGGCCGUGGAGAUCUUGCAGCGACUCCACCUGUAUGAGGAAGCGGUCCAGGAGCUGGAGGAGCUUUUGUCCCAGAAAGUCUAUUGUCCCGACAGCAGAGGCCGGUGGUGGGACCGGCUGGCUCUCAACCUCCACCAGCACUUGAAACGCCUCGAACCGGCGAUCAAGUGCAUCGCAGAAGGGCUGGCCGACCCCGAGGUGAGGACGGGGCAUCGCCUGUCGCUGUAUCAGAGAGCCGUGCGCCUGAGGGCGUCGCCCAGCUGUCGGAGGUACCGGCACCUCCUCCAGCAGCUGCCGGAAGUCACCGUGCAGGACGUGAAGCACGUGACCAUCACGGGCCGGCUGUGCCCGCAGCUCGGGAUGGGCAAGUCCGUGUUUGUGAUGGAGGCCGGGGGGCCCGCCGCCCCGGCCACAGCCCUGUGCUCCGUGGAGGAGCUGGCGCUGGACCAUUACAGACGCAGCGGCUUCGACCAAGGGAUCCACGGGGAAGGCUCCACCUUCACCACGCUGUUUGGCCUCCUCCUGUGGGACAUCAUCUUCAUGGACGGCAUCGCAGACGCCUUCAGAAACGCCUACCAGGCAUUCCCGCUGGACUUGUGUACGGACAGCUUCUUCGCAAGCAGGCGGCCGGCCAUCGAGGCCAGGCUGCAGCUGAUCCAUGAUGCCCCCGCAGAGCGCCUGCGAGACUGGGUGGCGGCCACGUGGCAGGCCCAGGAAGGCAGGGCGGCGUCCGUCGUCAGCUGGGACCGCUUCGCUUCUCUGCAGCAAGCUCAGGACCUCGUUUCCUGCCUGGGGGGGCCCGUCCUCAGCGGGGUGUGCCGGCGCCUGGCCGAGGACUUCCGACACUGCCGAGGCGGCCUCCCCGACCUGGUGGUGUGGAGCUCCCAAGAUCACCGCUUCAAGCUGGUGGAAGUCAAGGGCCCCAACGACCGCCUUUCGCAUAAGCAGAUGGUCUGGCUGGACGCGCUGCAGAGGCUGGGGGCCGACGUCGAGGUCUGCCACGUCGCGGCCGUGGGAGCCAAGAGCAAAGGCCUGAACUGAGAACUGUGGGUGGGAGUCUCUGUCACACGCGGGUCUGAGAUUCUCAAAAGCAUGAGUAUAAUCAAUCGCAUUUAAAUUUGAUUUUGGCACUGUCACGAAUAAACCUGAUGGUAAACUUG